ACCCUUCGUGAAGGAAGGUAUAAAGAUAUAAACGAAUAAACCGAAAGUCAUGAAAAAAAACAAAGAAGAAUAUUUCAUCUAACAGUGCCACCGUUACACGUAUUAGCUUAAGAAAAAACAGAGCUUAUAUAAAGAGAAGCAUCCACACCACAAUGUGUAAUCUCAUCGCUAACCAAACCAAGAAUCAUAUUCCCAAAUCACAAUCCGCUUUUGUGUCUUUCCACUUGCAUAAGUGAAAGAGCCAAGACAAAGAAAGGAGCUUCUUCUGUUUUUGUCCAUACUUUUGAGAAGAUGCAGGACAUGAGAGAUCAAAAUCCUCCACAAGCUGCAGAACAAGUAUCUGAACAGCCUGGACAAGACAAGAAGAAGAAGAAACCACGGUUUUUCGAGACAAAGCAGAAAGGAGACAGAGGCUUCAUUGAAGGAUGGUAAAGGCUAAAUCUCUUUGCACUAUGCUGCUGCUGGAUUUGUGAAAUGUGUUUCUAAGGAAACGAAGGGACACGUGACGCUUCUUUCUUCUGUAUCUAAGAAUGGCUUUCCUUAUCUAUAGUUUUACCUGAGAGAGAUUGAAGUUUCAGGUUGCUCAGUUUCAAUCUCCCUAAUCUAUUUGUGUGGUGUGUUUAUUGAAAGAAGAUAAUUAUACUAAUAAUGUAAAGGAUCAUACUAUUUUAUGGGUCUUACAAGUUUUAGACUUGGUC